AACCAUCCCUGCUAAAGAUGCAGACAUGAUGAUAAUUCAGACAGGAGAUGGUGAUGUCUACAAUUGUGUUGACAUAUACAAACAACCUGCUUUGAACCAUCCAUUAUUGAAAAAUCAUACAAUGCAGAUGGAACCGAGUUCUUACCCAUUAGAUCUCGACAUACAAUCUAUUAUGUCAUCCAAUAUCUCAGAAGCAGAUUUCCCGGACGUCAAGUGCCCAGCAAGAACAAUUCCAAUACUGCUUAAUGACAAUAGCUCAAAAGCAUAUGUGCCUAAUGGUUUACAAGAGGAGUAUGCAGCUAUCAAAUACUGGGAUGAUAAUAAUUUCUAUGGAACACGAGCUACCCUAAGUGUUCACGAGCCAUUUUUAGCACGGGAGAAUGGGGACCAUAUUGCAUCAUGGACACACCUUAGUAAUGGUCCAGAGGAGAUAGGAACAGGCUCCAUUGUGUGGCCAAGCUUUAGUGGAGACAGGUUUGCAAGGUUUCAUAUUCGUUGGGUAGACAGUUCAAAUAAACCAUGCUAUGAUUUCCGUUGUCCUGGUUUUGUGCAAGUUAGCGAAGUUGCUGCUAUCGGAGGGAGAAUAACACCGGUUUCUGUCUACAAUGGGCCUCAGUAUGUAAUCACUGUCAUGCUAUUUCAGGACCGGAAGACCAAAGAUUGGUGGCUAGCACGGCUGGACAAGAGCAGCGCCGUCGGAUUCCGGGCACUUGGAUACUGGCCAAGAAGGCUUUUCACCAGCCUCCAGGAGAAGGCUACCUUUGCGUUCUGGGGAGGAUGGGUGCGUGGUCCGACAGUUUCGUCAGAUCCUCCGCCCAUGGGCAGCGGCCGUUUCGCCAAGGAAGGGUACAGGAAGGCCGCGUUUGUGAAGGCCAUCAAGAUCGCCAACAGGGACAACAACUUCGUCAAUCCCAACGCCGGCAAGGGCACUCCGGUGACCACCAGGCCGCCGUGCUACACCGUGGAUGGCUUCGGCGUUGUUGACGCCGGCAUGCAUGCCUUCUUCGGUGGGCCGGGAGAAUGUCCCAGUUGACAGAAGAAAUAAGAAAGAUGGGUUUUUUUUGUUAGUCUCUCUGCUAAUAAUGUUGCAAUAUUCAGGUUUGGGAUAGAUGUGUGUUCUUGUUGUUGCAUGAAUUAUGAUUGUCACUUAGAGUGAUUGAUUAAUCUCGAUGGGACUGUAUGCAGCACUGCUUGGGUAAUACAACUACGUGUCAUUGUCAUC